AUGGCUCAAUCACCUCCGCACAGUACGGUCUGGAGGUUACAGUGCAAAAACUUCACCGCGCCUAGCGGAAGCGUCAGAGGAAAUGCUGGCACCAACAUCAUCGGCGUGAAGCGCGGGAAACUGAACGGAACUUCAGACGACAAGAUCGUGGCUGUGGGGGCGCAUUACGACACCGUGUCCAACUCUCCAGGUGUUAAUGACGAUGGAUCCGGCAUGGCGGCCAUGUUGGAAAUCGCCAGGGUGAUGACGUCAUCUAACGAGCAGAACUUCACCACCAUAUUUGUGGCGUUUGACCACGAAGAAAAUGCACCCCCCGCUCGUGUUGCUAUCGGUACUCCAUGUGAAACACCUCGGGGGUCAGACGACUUCGUCUGCUCCUGGCUCCUCCCUUUCCUCCGGUCUUCAGGACGUCCAGAAUUCCAGGGAAUCUUCAUGUUGGAGACCAUCAUGAACUAUGACCCACAACCGAACGUCCAAACAGUUCCUCAACCCCUAGCCUUCCCAAAUGUGCGUAUACGUAUAUAAAGUUAUGUCAUGUU